AUGUCACUCAACGAAAAACGCAGCGAUUCGUUCGACACCAACGAUGAGGACGACAAGGAACUUGUUGCGCUUGGCUACAAGCCCUCGUUCAAGCGGGAGUUUUCUAAUCUGGCUACGAUAAGUUUUGCGUUCAGUAUCAUGGGUUUAUGCUCAAGUAUCGCAACGACGUUCAAUACCCCUUUGCUCCUGGGAGGUCCAGCAUCUGUAACGUGGUGUUGGAUUCUCGGAGCGUGUAUGUGUUUUACUUUGGGGGCUAGUAUCGCAGAAAUUGUCAGCGCAUAUCCGACUUGCGGUGGGUUGUAUACCGCUUCUGCGCAACUGACGCCAAAGAAGCACCGUGCAAGGAUCGGAUGGGUCGUCGGCUGGCUCAACAUCCUUGGUCAGAUUGCGGGUAUAUCCUCAACGGAAUUCGGUUUGGCGAACAUGAUUCUCGCAGCGGUUUCCAUCGGCAAGAAUGGGCAUUAUGACAUCACUGCGGGAAAGAUAGUUGGACUUUUCGCCGGACUUCUUGCUGUUCACGGAUUGCUGAACUCUUUGGCAACCCGGCACCUCGCACGUUUAACCAAAGGAUUUGUAUUCGUUAAUCUCGGAACCACCUUUGUCAUAAUUAUCGUUCUUCUAGCCAAGACUCCUCGCUCUGAAAUGCAUGCUGCUGGUUAUGUCUUUGGGACGGCUGGUAUUGUCAACCAAACUGGAGGUUGGAAUACGGGUAUUGCGUUCCUGUUUGGAUUGUUAAGCGUUCAAUGGACCAUGACUGAUUAUGACGCCACUGCCCACAUCUCAGAGGAAGUUCGCCGUGCAGCCUACGCGGCUCCAUCCGCGAUUUUUAUUGCAGUCAUCGGGACUGGUAUCAUCGGUUGGCUUCUGAACAUCGUCCUAAUCAUUUGCUCUGGUCCUCUAGAAAAUCUGCCCGGCAGUUCUGGAUCCGCUUUCCUUGAGAUCCUGGUAUUGCGAGCAGGCAAGGCUGGCGCGCUGAUUAUCUGGGUUUUCGUCUGUAUCACCGCCUUUUUCGUCGUGCAAACCGCCCUUCAUGCAUGUUCGCGGACAAUUUACGCAUUUAGCCGCGACCACGGCUUGCCUGACCGUGGUUACUUUGGGAAGAAUUCCAAAAUAACACAGACUCCCCUCCGCGCCAUCUGGUGUACGACGAUCGUCAGCGUUCUUCCUGGACUGCUCGACCUUGCGAGUCCUAUAGCGGCGAAUGCCAUAUUUUCGUUGACUGCGAUGGCGCUCGACCUGAGCUAUAUCAUCCCCAUUUUCUGUCGAAGGGUGUUCCACAAACAUCCCGAUGUCAUGUUUAAACCAGGCCCAUUCUACAUGGGUGGCGGGGUAGUGGGCCUUCUCUGCAAUACUAUGUGUAUUUCCUGGACUUUGUUCGUCUGUGUCAUAUUCUCACUACCGACCGUGAUGCCCGUCACAGCAGACAACAUGAACUAUGCCUCUGUCAUAACCGUAGGCGUGAUUAUCCUUGCGUGCGUUUGGUAUAUCCUGGGAGCUCAUCGCCAUUACACCGGACCUCAAUCCAACCUGCACGACGACUCGGUGGAAGAAAUCACCAAAGUUGGGCUGGACUCCGAAAACGCCCUCAAAGAGGACUUGAUGUGA